AUGGGUGACCAAAAAUACAUCAAGAACGGCGAUUCAGGACGAAAUGCCAUAGAGACGCGCCUCUUCAUCGACAACGAAUUUGUGCUCCCCAAAGCCGGCAAGGCCUUUCAACUGGUCGACCCUGCUACCAACCAAGCGACCGUCUGGGUGUCCGAGGCCGAUAAAGACGAUGUUGACCGCGCCGUCGCGGCAGCUCAGCGCGCACUGGGGCCUUGGUCCUCCCGUGCAGGCCUGGACCGCGCGACAUUCCUCCUCAAACUCGCGGAUCUCCUAGAGAGGGACAAUCAUAUCCUAGCUCGCCUGGAGGCGAUGAGUAUGGGCCGACCUGUGAGUUCUUAUGCCGAGGGGUUCGGCGCUGCUAGGUACUGUCGGUACGUGGCGGGUCUUGUACCCAAUGUGCGAGGCGAGUCCUCCCUGGUGACCGAGGGGUUUAUCAAUAUCACCCUGCGCCAACCGUACGGCGUGUGCGCGGCCAUCACGCCGUGGAACGCACCCAUCACGAUGUUGACCUUCAAGGUGGCCCCGUGCGUCGGGGCUGGCAACACGCUGGUAGUCAAGACGUCGGAGAAAGCUCCACUCACAUCGCUGCACUUCGCGAAACUGGUCCGCGAGGCAGGGUUCCCUGCCGGCGUGGUCAACAUCCUCAGCGGGUUCGGCGAACCCUGCGGCGCCGCGCUUGCCGCGCACAUGGACGUGCGCAAGAUCUCCUUCACGGGGUCUGUCGCAGCCGGACGCGCCGUCAAGCUUGCAGCAACGCGGUCCAACUUGAAGGAAGUGACGCUGGAGCUGGGCGGGAAAAGCCCCAUGGUGGUCUUUGACGACGCGAACGUCGUGCGCGCGGCCGAGGCCGCCGCAAGGACCACCACGUUCAAUUCCGGCCAGGCGUGCACAUCUUGUCAGAGGGUAUACGUGCACCGCGCUGUGGUGCAACAGUUCCGCGACCUGGUCGUAGACAAGACCCGUCAGCUCGGGACGAACGCCACGCCUGGAAGCCACCCGCUCGACACGACGACCAAGCACGGUCCGCACCCGGACCAGAAGCAGUUCGACCAUAUCAUGAAGUACAUCUCGGCGGCACAGAGCUCGCAGUGCGAAAUCCUCCUCGGCGGCAAGCGCGAAGGCACGCGCGGCUUCUUUAUCGAGCCGACCAUUAUCUUCGAGCCGGACGAACAUAGCCCGAUGAUGCGCGAAGAAAUCUUCGGCUCGGUGCUCUGCAUCAGCACCUUCACGGACGAGGACGACGUGUUCCGCCGAGCCAAUGACUCGGAGUAUGGCCUCUACGCGAGCGUGUUCACGAGGGAUCUGGCCCGCGCACUGAGGGCGGCCAAAAGGUUCGAGGCAGGAAAUGUCGGUUUGAACGUCGCGAGCCCGUUUCAGACCCAAGACAUGCCGUUUAAUGGGUGGAAGCAGAGCGGGUCGGGCAAGGAGCUCGGCAAGACCUGCGUGGAGGACUGGACUGAGACGAAGACCUGCUAUAUGUCUCUUGAGACUUGA